UCUGAGAAUGAGGAAGAUAUUUUCAAUAAAAAGGAGAAUCACUUCAAUUUCACUGCUUACUGCACUGACAUUUAAGGAACAAACUUGGUCUUCAGGACUGAGAACCAUUAAAGGAAACCAGCUGAAGAAGAUAUCCCUGUUACAAAUCAGUUACUUGGAGCUGUUUCAAAACCAAAGAUGGCUUUUUAUAAAGAGCAAUAUGAUAUGUCUGCAGCAAAUGAUGAAAUCAGUACUACUGUUAAUUCCAGUAACGAUAUUCUGAACAGGCACUCACAUGAAGACAGCAAAGCUCCUUCUGCAGCAUCUGGAGUUCAACUGUACAGAUUUGGCACAGUUACCUUCGGACUUGUAGCUCUAGUGCAGCUUGGUCUUAUCACCUUUCUUGCUCUCCGUAUUCAAGCCAGUCAGAAAAAUCUAACUGAAGUGAAAGAACAGUUAAUCAGAGCCAUCUACAAUACUGAGGCCAAUUACACAAAUGUGCGUGAAAAGAAAGAUGACCUGAAGAGGGCGCUGAAUGACUUUAGUUUUCAGCUCAACUCCCUGACUGAAGAAAGAGACAAAUUGAAGAUUGUUAACUAUGAAAUGGAAACCAGAAGUAAAAACUUGACAGAAGAGAGAGAUGAACUCCAGGGGAAGCUGAAUAAUUUAGUUUCAAAGCAGAAUUCAUUGACUAAGGAGAGAGACAAUUUAACCAGGAUAAACUCUGACACUGAGGCCAGGUCCAGAAUAAUCUCACUGGAAAGAGAUAAACUGAGGAAGAGGCUCACCACCUUAGCUCAAUCAGGAUGGACACUUUUCAGAGGCAGCGCGUACUACAUUUCUUCUACAACAAAGACCUGGCAAGAAAGUAGAAUUUACUGUCUUUCAGCAGAUGCAGACCUGAUGAUUAUCAACAGCAAAGAAGAACAGGAUUUUGCAAACAGUUUCCAGAUCUACAUGUGGAUCGGCCUGACUGACUUAAGGACAGAGGGAACGUGGGAAUGGGUGGAUGGGAGUCCACUGACCACAAGCUACUGGGGCACAACAGAGCCAAACGGUAAAACAGAAGAAAACUGUGGGGAUAUAAAGACUUUUACCACAGAGAGAAGCUGGAAUGAUGAAAACUGUUCUCAUUCCCUUAAAUGGAUUUGUGAAAUGAAGCUUACCCAAUAACAGAGGUAGAAAUCAGAAAUCAUUGCUUGCUUUUUGUACAUAUAACAUGACAGGUUAGCUUUAGGUCAGGCUGCUGUUUUAGAUUUCCUCAUUCUGCUUACUAAAUGAAAAAUCAAUACAUUAUGCGUGUUUUUUAUCAACAUUAUCCUCGCCAAACACCACAUAUUUGAAUAAAUCAGUCCUCCUGUUCAGGUCACUUUUAGUGAAAACUAGCCGGGUCCUACAGGUUUUAACUGUUAAAAUGAGCAAUUUCUCAUGUUUCAGUUAGUAAAGAACUCAAAUGCAGAGAUAAACUGAAAUGAAGAUGAGUACUUUAAUAAUGAAAUAAAGAAAACUUACAAAAUUGUCUUGCACAAAUAGAAUGGAGAUGAAGCAGAGGAAAUGGACCGGGCAUGGAACGACAAAGUUAAACAGACGAAUCCAGCACAGAACAAUGAAAACUAUUGAGCUUAUAUGCUGAGGCAGGGGUGGAAGGUGAUCAAUAAACCAGAGGAGCUAAUCAGCAGAAAUAAAGAGCAGCUGAGGAGAGUGAAGGCAGAGAAACUGAAGAAGGGAGACUAACUAAUUAAAUAGAACAGAGCUGAACAGACACACAAAGAAACCCAGGGAAGAAUCUAACAGAAAUCCAAUUGGAAAUAACUGUAGAUGUAAAAAGACCACUGGAACAAAACACAAAAUAAAGAAUUAAUAAGGGAAACAAUAAUUAGCACAGGAAAAUGAGUUGAAGACCGCAAGACCUUAAAAACAUAGUAAACACCUAGGACAUUGUUAGAAUACACACACAAAAGAAAAUCAAUCAAAACCCAAACACCUCAGGAUCGUAACAAAUCGUUAAAAAUUCUCUCUCAACUAGGACCAGAAAAGUAGCAACAGCUCAUCCAAACAUGGUGAGAGCCAUUCUGAAUGUUACCUCACUGACCUGUGCAUCUAAGACUUGUAAAAAUAAUAAGAGAUAAUCAUAUUCUAGAUUGCUCUAGAAUAGAAUUUGGGACAUUUUCAAAUUGUAUUCAAUCUGUUGACUAAAUCUGUAAAGAGCUCAGACAAAGAAGAAAGAAAAAGAGUUCAUACUGUUUACCUUCAUCAUGGCCUCAUCGAGGAAAACAAUUAAAAGUCAAUUAAGCCCAUAUGCCUUUAAGAGUUCUGUUUGUUUUAUAUUAAAUUUCCACUUAGAGAUCGGUUAAUAAAUAAAAAUAAAUGCAAUCACAGACAUUUUUCUACCCCUGUGUACAUGCGUUUUCUGGUGUUUUGAAGUUAAACAUUGCAAAAUGAUACCAGCAAAUACAGACAUGUUUUUAGGACAAUUUUGUUUCAUUUUUUUCACAGACAGCACAGUAGAGAAGAUGUUAGCACUGAAGGUCCUGGUUUUAAAACCAAACUGUUCUCCCCAUGCAUGUGUAGGUUUUCUCCAUGGGCUCCAAUUUCUUCCUAAACUCCAAAAAUAUAAAUUUUAAGUUUAUUCAUUUAAGUACAUUCUAGAUUGAGUUUAGAGUUGAUGUUUUUUAUAUGUGUUGGCUCUGUAAUGGGCUCCGUACCUGUCCAGGAUGUACACUGCUUCUCACCCAUUUACCAAUGGAAACAGGCACCAGCCCUAUGACUCCAAGUAGGAAUGGCCAAAUAAAUGGAUGCUACUUUUCACUCAAUGCAUUUCAUGUUUUGUUCUUUACAUUUUACAGUCUGACUCAAAAGACAGUAACAUUCAUAUAGUCUUAAUUAUAGUCCCUAUAUUAAGGAUUGAACAGUAGUUAAUGUGAUGUUCAAAGCUUGGAAAAUUGUCGUAUAACAAACAAUGCUUUAUGACUGUGUACAGCCUUGGUCUUAAUGAUGCUGCUUGUUCACUGAUGUUCUGUAACGUAGCUCUCAGGUCUUCACAGAACAUCACAGAUACUGAGAUUGAACCACAUACAACUGGACCUUAUAAGUAGGUGACUUCUGAUGGGAUGGCAUUUUGUUCAAGGGAAUCAGAGUAAAGGGGAUUAAAUGCAAAUUCCUUGCUGGACAUUUUAUAUUGUUCUCCUUUUUUUAUUUAAUUUCACAGUCAUACUCUUUGUGUUUAUCUUCGUGGUGUAUAUUAAUGCCAUUUUACAUUACAUCACUGCAUAAUUAAUAACUAAACCAGUCAUAUAUUUCAACAUUAUUUGAACAAUGUAAAUAUAAAUCUGACAUGACUUCUGUUUCUUUGCCAUUAAACAAUAAAUGAAUAUAGAUUUGAAAAUGUA